AUGGAGGGAUCGCAGCAGAUAUUCGACGCAGACUGGGAUGUGCGUUCGACCCAGGAGCACAAUGCGUCUUAUUGGUCUGGUAAGGCAUCGAUGCCUUCUAUCGCACUGUUGAAGAGUAUAUGUGCCAAUGGAGGCAUGGUUGAGUUCGAGAUGGAGCCGUCAGGCGUUUUGGUAUGCCACAUUCCCGACCAUAAGGUUACGGUGAAUAUGCUGGAUCCUAGUGGACUGCGCAGCCGCCGAGGCGAAGCGUACGUGAUCGGUGAUAUAGUGCUACUGCUCUGUAUUCGCAGGGAAGAUUACACGUAUAGCUCUAUAACCAAGCGUGGAUUCAAAUACAUUAAUGUUUUGGAGCGGGAUCGCAUAAAGUCUAUUUUGGGCGACCCUGAUACAUCUCCAGACCUUCUAGAGGCCAAAGCGCGCUUCAUUCCAAUAAGUGGCACGGGGUCCAGUCGUGUAACUGGUUCUCGUAACGAUGUGUCGGACAGUGGCACGUCGACACAAGUCGGCUCCAAGCACAUGAUUGAUGUCGUGAUGAAGAAGGUUGAGGAUUCUUGGCGUGCAUUUAUGCAUGACACUUCUCAGGAAGAUGAUGAGGAGUACAGAUCGGCUAAGAAACGGCACUACAACAUGUGCGUCCUCGCAGCUGGGCUUAUGGAGCGACCGUUGAGAACUCGGACGUCGGUGAUCAUGGCGCACGGCGAAGGCUUUGAACGCGUUUUGCAAAAACUGGAGGCUGCCCAGGCAAACAAGGCGGCAUCCAAGGCGCGUGAUGCGCCUAAAUCUGUAGGCAGCGUUUUGAGAACACAGUCUAAGUUGCGUGUCUUGGACGAGAUAUGCUGCAAAUAUCGCAAGAAACCAGUAAUCAUUGUUCCGAGUGGUGCUAUGUCUAUUGUAGCGCGUCAGAACAUCAAGCAGUUGCUGGAAGAUCACCAGUUCGUUGAUCCCCAAGAAUCUCUGCGAGCUAAUGGGGCUAUCAUGUCGGGUCUCCCUAUGAAUGCAGUUGAGGUCAUCCAUACCAUUUCUGGUAGGACAAUAAAAUUUCGGGUGGUGGAGAGCUCCUAUACCACCAAAUUCACCACGACUGAUUGGAUUAGUGUGGUUUGCGUAAUCUUGAACAUCAAAGGGGGGCAAUGGCAAUUCAACGGAUACCCGUUCGAGUCUUUCGUAGAUUUGUUCAUGACUAUGAAGGGCGCUCUGUUUGCGUACGACACUGACAACAUACCAGCCGACAUGGGAAAUUGGGAUUUGAAGAGAGCUUUCUUCUUCAACCGCGGCAUCGGAAAAUACACCCAACAAAAAGGCUGUCAUAAAUGGGCUGGUGAUAGGAAUAAGACCGGCUGA